AUGAAAAAACCACAUAGAUAUCUAAUAACGUAGGAGUCCCUGCCAUUUUUUCCAGGGCACUUUAUUGCAACCAAAAUACCUAAUCAUUUGCGUGCGAGUGUGUAGUAGUUACUGUUGUACUUCAAAUAAUUUUAAAUGCAGAUCUACCAAAUCGCUGGUUGGAUUUGAAUAUAUUUUCAAUAAAUUGAUACCUAAUAAUUUGCAUUAGAAAACGAAUUUUUUUAAAAAAAUGUUCAAAGUGCAGUAUUUUGGUAAUUGGUGUUCGUUGAGAUGUGAUAUGGCGACCUUCACGGCUACGAUUUUGGUCUUCUAUAUGCAGUUCUGCCAGAUUAUAACGACAGCGAAUGAGGGAUCUUUGGUCAUUUUUGUAGAGACGAGGUUUACGUGUGACAAUGGCACUUCUAUUCGCGGAAGUCAAGUAUGCGAUAAAACGGUGGACUGCCCUGAUGAAGAAGAUGAACUAGGUUGCGCACGAACUUGUGAACCUCGAGAAUUUAAAUGCAGCGGUAAAGGAACUGAAGCAUGUAUUCCUGAAUAUUUCCGUUGUAAUGAUGAAGUCGACUGUUAUGAUGGAACGGAUGAAUUACGUUGCACAGCCGAAAAAUGGGCCAAAACCAAAUUCGUCAAUCAAACAGAAACCUAUGAAGAUGAAACUUUUGAAAUUGACUGUUUCGUUUAUGGUGAACCCAUCUCAAAUAUAAAAUGGUAUAAGGAUGAUGAACCUGUUCCUGCUAAAUGUACAUCGACCAGGGAUGGCAAGACGUCGCGUCUUACUUGUCCAAAAGCUGAACGGGCAGAUCAAGGUUUUUACACUUGCAAAGGUUUCAAUCCGAAAAAAUUCACUGUUCAUGCUCGUCCUAGUGGAAAAACAUUUCGGUUGAUAGUAAAAGAUAGCCGCUACGUGCCACCGCCGCCACUGCCGUCCGGAUAUGAAGAUGAACCACGCCCCUACAGCUAAUUUAUACAGUUUUCGAUUUGAAAAGCUAUUUACUGCUCUUGAAAACCUGUUUAUUGAUUUUUUAGAAUUAAAAAAAAUUUACAACUGUCAUUAUAACAGCUGAUUUAUUAAAAACUAUUUGAUGUACACGGACAAAAUUUUUAAUAAAAAUAACUAUUUCAGUAUAGUAACUAACUGGACCCCAUUCAAAAAUAAUAGUG